AUGGAAGAUUCCCACAAGACGUCAGAGACAGCAACGCAACCCGGUUCAACAGCUCAGGGAGCUCAUAUUUCUCAUAUUGCUCAACAGAUGUCAUUAAGAGGAUCUGCGCCAGUGACAAUUGUACCUCUUCCUGGAGACAAAGUACAGGUUCAGGGGGUCAUCCAGAGAGCUCAGUCUUCUGUAAUUCACCCACCACACGUGCAAACGGUAUCAUCUUUAUCAGAAAGUGAGGAGUCUCAGAACUCAUCUGAUAGUAUAGGCUCCUCGCAGAAACCCCACGGGAUCCUAUAGCGCCCAUCUUAUAGAAAAAUUUUGAAGGACAUAUCUUCUGAAGACACACAGGGCAGAAAAGGAGAUGGAGAAAACCCUGGAGUUUCUGCUGUCACUUCUAUGUCUGUUCCAACUCCCAUCUAUCAGACUAGCACCGGACAGUACAUUGCCAUUGCCCCAAAUGGAGCCUUACACCUGGCCAGUCCAGGCACAGAUGGAGUACAGGGACUUCAGACAUUAACCAUGACAAAUUCAGUCAGUAGUCAACAAGGUACAACAAUUCUCCAGUAUGCGCAGACUUCUGAUGGACAGCAAAUACUUGUGCCCAGCAACCAGGUGGUUGUCCAAACUGCAUCAGGAGAUAUGCAGACAUAUCAAAUCCAUACCACACCUUCAGCUACUUCGCUGCCACAAACUGUGGUGAUGACCUCUCCGGUGACUCUUACAUUUCCGACAACUAAGACAGAUGACCCCCAAUUAAAAAGAGAAAUAAGGUUGAUGAAAACAGGUUAAACUGCUCGAGAAUGUCGCAGAAAGAAGAAAGAAUAUGUGAAAUGCCUCGAAAAUCGAGUUGCAGUCCUGGAAAAUCAAAAUAAAACUCUAAUAGAAGAGUUAAAUACUUUGAAGGAUCUUUAUUCCCAUAAGUGUUUGAUUCUUAAAGACUCAAUUAGUGAACCUCCUAAUCCUAACUUUGGUGCCUGUGCCAUCUCUUUUCUCAGUUCCUCGCAUCGAUCAAUACUGCUCAGGGACCCUUCAGUGGGUUCCUGGCCUGAUCACCCAGGUGCCCCGGCUAUCGAGCAGGCUCUCAACACUGCCACUCCUCUAUUUUUUGAACUUCUGAUAAAAUUACAUGCUGUGUUAAAGGAAAAGAUGCACUCAGGCUACAGAGAAUAUUUUCCCUAA